AUGGCAGACAUUGAGUUUAUCACCCUCACUACCAAGCCCUCGGCGCAGCUUAGCUACAGCUUCCAGCCCUCCCCGGAGGCUACUAAGCCCGUGCUGGUCGUAUUUCUCAACGGCCUGGGGCUUCCUCAAGCCUUCUGGCACCCCGUCAUUGCUCAGCUGAAGACACUCCGCGAAGGUCGCAGCAUCCCCAGCUUCUUGACCUACGAUCGUUUCGGUCAAGGUCAAACCGCCGAUCGCGACCCCCAGGAUGCUGAUGCAGAGGACCCUACACACGGCCACGACUGCUUAGUCGCCGUGAAGGAUGUGCGGCAAUUGAUCACUCAGAUCACAUCUGAGAAACUAGGUGUCUCCGACGUCAACUCCGUUUCAGUGGUCUUGGUCAGCAACUCCAUUGGCUGCGCAUUGGCCCGUCUCUACGCCCAAGAAUACCCGGGCACCGUGUCAGCUCUAUUGCUGUUGGACAGUGUCCUGGCUAACUCCGACUUUGUUUCCGUGUUCCCCGACCCAGACGCUUCGGAUUUCGACCCCGCUAGUAUCCACCCUAUUCCUGCGGAGGCUAUCCGCGCGGUGCGGGCCGGUGCCCGUCGCAUCUUCCACCCUGACGUUGGAAACAAGGAAGGACUCAGUCGCCGCAACUUGCGCGAGCUGCUCCCUGCCAGUGAUGGACCUUUGCUCCAGGGUCCUGAUGGUCACGGGCCUUAUGUCACUGUGGUCGGCCAUGACUUCGAUACCUUUGCUGAAGAGUCGUCCAAAAUGGGCCCGCCUAAGCCGGUGACUAACCGCUUUGUCAACCCCUACUGGCAGCGCUACAAUGAAGGACUGGCUAAGAUUACGGAGUCAGAGUAUAGCAAGGGUCCCAUCAUUGCACCCAAUGCGGGUCACUUUGUGCAGAAGGAUAAUCCGGAAUUUGUGGCACAGGAGCUCAAUGAGUUGCUCGAGAAGGUUCUGUAA